CAAAAGGGUUCUCCUAUGGGGACAGCUGGUGAACCCUUUUGGAACCCUUUUUUUGUUUACGACUAUUGAGGAAAAUGUGUGUUCCUGUGCAGUGCAUGAUGUUUACAUGCGUUCUAAUUGUCAGGAAAUAUAUCCUGUGUUUAUUUUAGAUGUACAAUACAGAUCGAUGUUUGUUUUGUUCCUGCACUGUUUGAUGUUAGAAUCUGUAAAAGCUCAGGUUUCAGUACCCCUCCCGCUCGCUAAAACCUCUUCUCUCAUCCUCUUCUUCUCUCCUCCUCUCUGCCGCCUGGCCGAGAGGGACACCGUUAUCGUCACCAUCAUCCAGAACGCAAUGAUGGAAGGCAGGAUCCAGAAGACCACCUUCCAGGGAGAGGCCACUGUGGAGAGCAUGGGCCCAGGCAUGGUCACAAAACUGAUGCACUACCACUACCUGGAGCUGGGGGACCCAAGGCUUCUCCGUGCUAGUCAGGAAGAAGAACCUGAGGGUGAGUGAGCGGUUCCCUUACCCCGUCCAUGUGGAAGCCGUCCUGAAGGUCAUUGAUCAGUUCCCCAUACGCAAGCUCGAAAAACUCACUAGGAAGUGCUCCAUUCUGAAAUGUAAAAUCAUCAAGAAGAGGAUGGAUGAAGAAAAAGAUUCCUGUGAUUAAGAAGGUACCCAGUCCCGGUAUGCAGGCAAACGUAAGGAAGCCCGUGGACAAGAAAGCUGCACUGAAGAGCAAAAUUCAGGACAUCCUCAGUGGUCGCUCCAGGUUCGUCAUUCGAAAGACACCCCUUGAUUCAAAAGGAACACAAAUAUUAAUCACAGGGAAGGCAAACUCCAAAGCUGUGGGAGAGGACAACCCAAAAAAUAUGGAAAUGUUGCUACAGACAGAAAAAUAUACCCCUCUACUGUGGAGGCAAGAGAAAAAAAAGACUAUAAACAACUUUAGUGAUAAUAGGCCAAAAUCAGAGAACGUUGGUGGGGGAGGAGAAUCCUUGGAGAAAAACACAUCCAAAAGAAAAGGCAAAGGGAAGAAUGAUGGGCAGAAGAAGAACAGAAAAGGCAAAGGGAAGAAUGAUGGGCAGAAGAAGAACAGAAAAGGCAAAGGGAAGAAUGAUGGGCAGAAGAAGAACAGAAAAGGCAAAGGGAAGAAUGAUGGGCAGAAGAAGAACAGAAAAGGCAAAGGGAAGAAUGAUGGGCAGAAGAAGAACAGAAAGGGCAAAGGGAAGAAUGAUGGGCAGAAGAAGAACAGAAAAGGCAAAGGGAAGAAUGAUGGGCAGAAGAAGAACAGAAAAGGCAAAGGGAAGAAUGAUGGGCAGAAGAAGAACAGAAAAGGCAAAGGGAAGAAUGAUGGGCAGAAGAAGAACAGAAAAGGCAAAGGGAAGAAUGAUGGGCAGAAGAAGAACAGAAAAGGCAAAGGGAAGAAUGAUGGGCAGAAGAAGAACAGAAAAGGCAAAGGGAAGAAUGAUGGGCAGAAGAAGAACAGAAAAGGCAAAGGGAAUAAAUCCCACAGAGAUGUGAAUGAGAACAACCAGGAAGUACUGAUGGCCUUUGUAGAGCAGUUGAAGGGGAACAGAAGACUUAUGGUGAUAGCCACGCCCAGUGACAGUACACCUCAGUAUGUCCAGCAGAGGGAGGAGAACGAGCUUCAUUUCUGUGACCUCGCCCUCAGGAAAGUUACUAUGGCAAACAUCCUGAGCUCAGGGUCCGAUACCACCCUCACCCUGCAUCACUACCAACUUGGCACUGCUAUGUGUGUGUCUGUGUCUACAGAAUCCAUCUCUCUCAGAUUGAAUUGAUCCUAAAUAAAUAUAUCUUCAGGAUUAUAGUGUCGUUAUAAUAACUAAACAUCUGGUUUUCCUCUUUGAGCUUCCCUGCCGUAAAACUCUGCAUUUCUAUAUUUGUUCCAGAUUCUGAGCCUCAAUUCACCUCCCUACCAGAGAAGUUCACUGAUCCAGAUCUCAUCUCUCAUCUGAUAAUGGAGAAGUAUGUCAUGUACCUCCACCCUCAUCUGCGUUGAUGGAUUAUGUUGACACCUUUCCAUCAUGACGGUCUGAAAUGGAGAGGGAGGGAAACUCCUGUCUCCUGCUCCAAAUCCCAACAACAGGGUGGGCCACUGCUGAGGUUCAUGUCUAAAAGGAGACUGCUGAUCAUCUCUACUUCAUCUGAGGAUGACUACUCCUUUCAACAGUAGCUCCAGGGGCUGAGAGGGAAAGCCUGUCCUAUGGGCGUCCGUCAUUUUGCUGUUCGGAACACGACCAACAGCCUCAGGCUCUGUGGAACUGUUUCCACUCAAUGGGAAGAACCAAACUGAGAACGAGCGUUUUGUCAUGGGAUGUGGUCAACGGUCUCCGGGAUCAGCUGAAGAUCAACUGGGAGUACUUCAGUGGGGAGGGGAAGGACGGGGAUAUGAAUGACUGGUUCACCUCGCCUAUGUGGUCUCUGGCCAACAUCUAGGACCUAUUGGACUCCAUGGAGCUGCGGCAGCAAGAGGAGAAGCUGCAGAGGACUUUGGGUAUUCACUGUCCUGAGGUUACUGCCGAUAGUUACCAAGGUCAUGAUGAGGAAGCAGACGAGUGCUACUUUUACCACAGGUCAGAGGUCAGAGGAGUGAAAGAGAGAACAGCCCAAAGACCUUAAACACCAUGGCAGCAAGCUCAACAUAAUGGUUAAUGGUUGUGGGUAAAACACUUGACAUAAUAACAGAUGGAAUCAUAACCAUUAAAGGAAUUUUAUUCGAAAUGUCUUUGCAAACUAAAUCAAUUUAUCAGCAUUUUGUACUUUGAAAUGGAUAACAUUACCCAAAAAAUAUCUACAAAUACUUUCUUGAAAUUAAGUUAUUUUCUAUAAUUGUGAAGUUGACAUCUGGUUUCUUUUAACUCUAUAGACCUGGACAGCUGUAAAAAGAGAAAGUCAUUAAAAAAACAAUGCCUGAA